AUGGCGAGUUCGACAGAGCCCAAAACCAUUCCUCCUGCCCUACCUCGCCAUCUUCGGCAGCCAGGAGAGGAUGGAUAUCGUACUCCAGUCAUUGAGGAUCCAGAGCAUCCAGCUCAUCAUCGACAUCGAAAUGUCCGAUCUGCCCGUUCGUCGUCCAGUCAAGCGCUCAACCCGCCUGGGAACGGGCUUUUAGAAAUGUCGUCUGGCAGCCGAGGUCAGGCCCCGCAGAGUGAAAAGAAUCAUCUGAACCACGAAGGCGAUCGAUGCUACUUGCCUGAAGGGUUUCCGAAGAACCUCAGUUGGAGACAAAGACUCAAACAUACUACCUGGGCUUACUUCACCGUGACGAUGGCAACUGGAGGUAUUGCGAACGUUGUAGCCACAGUACCCACCAGUUAUCGCUUCAACGGCAUUGAAGUCAUUGGAACCAUCUUCUUCCUUCUCAACCUCGUCUUCUACAUUGCCAUUUGGAUGAUGAUAGGUCUUCGCUUUUACUUCCACCCACGCACUUUCAAGAGUUCGUUUACACACCCCACCGAAUCACUUUUUGCGCCAGCGACGGUGGUUUCUUUCGGAACCAUUCUAAUAAACAUUGUCCAAUAUGGUAUAGACGAUGCUGGUUCCUGGCUCAGCAAAGCCGCAUAUGCAUUAUUCUGGCUCAAUGCAGUUUUGGCCAUAACUCUUAGCGUUUCAAUAUAUUUAAUACUAUGGUCCACGCAAUACUUCUCCGUGGCAAAUAUGACACCUAUUUGGAUAUUUCCAGCUUAUCCCCUUCUAAUCGUUGGCCCAUUCGCCGGAGUUUUAUCGUCCAAGAUGAGUAAUCAAGCCGAAAACCUCACCAUCAUUAUAGCUGGUUUCACAGUGCAAGGCGUUGGCUUUUUGGUUGCCUUUUCGAUCUAUGCAGCAUUCGUCUACCGGCUCAUGACCCAAAAACUACCACAGGAAUCUCUGCGACCAGGAAUGUUUGUCUCCGUUGGCCCUAGCGGUUUCACUGUUGCCGGAACCAUUACUAUGGCCGCUAAUAUACGAUCUGCCCUCCCAAAGAAUUAUAUGGAUGCUGGCGACUCAGAGCUCACUGCACAGAUUAUCCAGGUAGUGGCCAAUUGGAUGUGCCUGUGGUUGUGGGGCCUUGCCGUCUGGUUCUUCCUUAUUGCAGUGGGUGCUCAUUACAGCUGUGUCCGGGGAAAUAUGUUGUUUGCCAUGAAUUGGUUUUCAUUUAUAUUUCCCAACACUGCCUUGAUCACUGCAACAUUUGCUGUCGCCAAAGCCUUCAAUUCCCCGGCAAUCGACAUCAUCGGCUCUGUCAUGACGUGUAUUCUCAUUUUGACAUGGUUAUUUGUUGUAUUUAUGAUGUUCAGGGCUAUAUAUCUGAAGCAGAUUCUAUGGCCGCAGAAAGGCGAAGAUAGGGAUGAGGGUGGUUUUCACUCGAAGGAUGCCGAAUCACUCAGCAUAUCAGCUGAAUCACCGCAACCUUAG